AUGUCCAACAACCCAUUUACCUCUUCAUAUGGCCAGGGGCGAGAUGGCCCAAAGCCCGCGGAGCUACAGCUGCCCCAGAUGCCGACCUUCCCACUCUCGUCUCCUAUAGGCGAAGAGCUACUUACCCCGUUCGACGACCUUGACUCGUCUCCAGACCCUUCCAACCCUUUCUCCUCGUCCAAGGACGCGCAUGUUCAGGCCUUCAGCUCUAAUAACCCAUUUCUAACGACAAAGGAAGGGCUAGGCGGUAUAUCGAAGCUCAAGGGCCGCUUGGGGUCAGUUAAGCAGCCGACUCGCGUCAACGUGAUCAAGAAGAAGACCAGACCUGGCUUGAAUCUGGUGACGAACUUUGCUUCGCCUGAUGCGCAGAAUAAGACGCACCAAUGGGCUCUACAGCAGCAGGACCAGGAUGGGAAACAGUUUGUCGGACUGGAUGAAUUGCAGGAGAUGUAUGACCCGUCAACAGUCAACACAAAGAACCUCCGUCUCGAUACUUCACAUCUCAAACCUAGGGUAAGGCCAGCACGCGUUGAGAAGCGCCAGUCUACUCGAAAGAUUCCCCCACGUCUGUUCCAGAAGCCUCCUUCUCCAGAUGUAGCGGUAUCACCGUCUGAUCGACCCAUCGUCAUCGGUGUAUCUGUACCCCUGGGUUCGCCAGCAGCAUUAGCGUUUAGCUCGGAUGCGAGGUCUACACCCGGUAGAUCAAAUAGCAUACACAGCCUACGCAGCCGCGGGAAUACACCUGUUACGCCUAACAUUGUUGUCACGCCUGCUGGUGAAGAACGCGGUUGGCCCGUGGACAAGAUGGAAGAAACUCGACAAAAACCCAGGCCGACGUCAAGCAUCUACUCGCAGGCUACUCCCCUUAUAAGAGGGAUCAAUAGGACGGAAUAUAUCCCACCUGUUCCUGCUUUACCCCCACCAGAGGCUUAUGCCGGCCAUGGAAUCGAGGACCCGUUUGGAACAAUGGAGGCAAUAUCAGAACGACGAAGGCGCGUACUUUCAUCAGGAACAAUGUUUGAGGAAGACUGUUCAUCGCCCAGACAAGCUCCUCGACCACGAUCCUUCUCCAACAAGGACCUAAGUCAGAAUGAGGGCGGUCUAGCUGCAUCGUCGAGCCGGUUCAGCCUGGAGACCAUAUCUCCCCGUCGUCGAUCCGAAGGCUGGUGGAACUAUCUACUCUCUCCGCUCAUAUCACGAUCCAGCACAAUGACUACUAUCAACACUAUUCACCGUAAUGGAUCUCAGGGAGAGGUUGAAGAGCGUCCACCCGUGCCAGCACUACCAAGCAACUCUCGUCUACACCUUGCAAUACCGAUCAAGAACGACGAGCCAUCACUUACAAGUAAGGGAUGGCGUGACAAGCAAGUCUCCGUCUUUUCGCCCAUAACUCCAGAAACAGCUACCGAAAAGGGGUCCCCAUCUGUCAAAUCUCCAGGCUCAGGCUGGCGUGAACGAUUGGUUUCUGUCUUUUCACCAAUCACUCCUGACAGUGCAGGGACUAAUAAGGAGAAACGAAUACUGAGUAAUGUCACUGAAUGGCCGGAUAUUGACCACUGGUACUUCCAACAAGAAAAGAAGAUGAAGAUUGACACUACCAAUCUUACCAUUAACACAACUACCAAAAACAAGGGUAAUGCCACCAAUUCACCUAAACGGCUUGCCAAUGAGGAGUAUAGAACUUCCCUUUGCUCCGCGGUGACUUCACAGUCAAUUCCAUUCAUGAUGUCGGAUCCUUCCAGUCACCACGCCAGUGUCAGCACUGGACCUAAUCAUACCUCCACGAAUGCGCUGAAUGAUCCAUCUUUUGCUAAUUAUUCCAACACAUUUGACUCUAGCCCACCGCGGCCAACGAAGAGAGACUCCAAUGCAACUAUUCGUAGAGCGAAUUCUCGCGAGGGUCAAAACACAAAUAACCCUUUCUUCCAACAGUUUGUCAACAACAUACGGGGUGAGGACAGCAGAAGGCGCUCAGACUCCGCUUCUACUAUGAUCGAAGAAGAUGAGCCCGACAUUUCUCCCAACGUCCGCCAUGCAACUGCAACCCCUAUCUUCCAACACGCCAUGCCAACCAUGGUCGGAACUCGAAGACCGCCUCCAAUAGUACCACCGGUGCCAGAACGAACUAGCAUCGCAAGUUCUGAUUCUUCAGACUCUACUGAUCCAACGCCUGAGAGGCCAAAGAAUAAGCUUGCGGGUAUAGGAACUAUAAAACGCAAAACUGUUCCAAAAUACCAUGUCGUUUUACCCCCGGAUAGGCAGCCACCACUAGAGUCUCCAGGUCCUCUGUCCCCAGAGGCUCAAGCAACUCUGAAUUCUGGUGGUAUCCCCAUGAACGAUGUUCCAUUACCCCGUCGACCGGACAGGACGUACCUCCAACCAACAUCCAACGCUCUUCCUCGUCAUCCAAAGGUAUCACCAGUCAUCCUCCAGACACCAAUUAUCCGCCAGACCCCUAGAAUUGGCACCAAAGAUAUUCACAUCAAAACAGAAAUACAGCGGAAAAAAGUAACCCGUAAAGAAGUUAUCGGCGAGGACGGGAGUUUUUGGCGCGGGCAAAACUGUCGAUGUAGAAAAGGCUGUGCUGGUGGUCGUGAUUGCGAAGGUAGAAAAAGGCGGAGAAAAUGCUGCUGGAUCAUUAUUAUAUUGAUCUUGCUUCUUUUGAUAGGGCUGGGCGUUCUACUGGGCGUGAUACUUUCAAGAAAACAUCCGAAUCAGCCUCAGAGACCACCUGGUUCGGCACCUCAACCGACUCCUGGGCAAAUUCCCGGGCCGAAAAUGGAGGAUGAUCGAUGGUUGAAUCUAACUGGCUAUCCCCCAAUCCCAAUUGGUACGUCUACCAUUGCUGGGCCGAAUGCUGCAGGUAUCAAUUCAGGUUGUAUUGCUCCCACGAGCAUGUGGAGCUGUUCUCUACCAAAGGAGAUACAGGAUGCGAAUAGCCCAUUUGAUGCUGAUCAGCCUCGGUUUAAGAUUGAGAUCAAGUUCAAGAACGGGACAUACCAACAUAGCACCACCAUUGUAGAUAAGGGAAAAAGAGAACUGUCGGCCUUCUCUAAUAUCUCACUGCUUAGAAACUGGGCGAGGAGGCAGCAGCCUAUUGAACGUAGAGAUGACUUCACUCCCUCUCCCGCACCACCCAAUCUCGAGGAGCAGUCUUUCCUUGGAAAUACCACCGAUAAAAUAGCCGCGCCUUUCGAGGGUGAGGAAACGCCCUUUUUCAUAACAGUUCUGGACACUGCGCCGCCAAAGGGUGUCCCAGGUACCGGGCACAGCGCUCGUUUCCGCCGCGGCGACACAGAUGGGUUCCCAGACCUUUCUAAACUUAUCCCUCCUCCAGCUCUAGACACCGAUGGUACAGCUGCCCCUGCAUCUCUCUACCCGCUUCCUGUUUCCCAACCUCUGCGCUUGUAUGAUCGUGGCCUUCCCACUGAACACUACGGCUUUUACACAUACUAUGACCGAUCCAUCUUCCUCAAAUCAUCCCGUCCAAUAGGAGACUCAAAGGAAACAGGAAAUAUCCCCAGCGAUUUAAAUGGUGGCUCUACGAAAUCUGCGGCAAGUGUGCAAUGUACAUGGGCACAGACCAGGUUCCUCGUCCAGAUGUGGACGCAGCCAUCCAAAGCAGGCCUGCAGCUCAUCUCACCAUCUGCUGACUCAGGCCCUACGCCAUCUUCUUAUGCAGAGGAUUUCAGGCGUCCUGGCUCGCUUCCCUAUCCAGUCACGAUAACCCUCGACCGACAUGGUGGUGAUCCUAAGAAGAAGAUUGUCUACUGCUACGGCCUGGACGUAGGCGGGAAGCCAAUCCUGACGAAAAAGAAACUGCAGCUUGAACAUCGUGAUUUCGGAGGUGUGCUGGUCAAUCCUGCCCCGGGUAUAUUCAAUAUCUCGUCUACGCCGAAUACUAGGAAACGAGCGGACCCUGCAUUGGGGCCGGGAAUCGAUGGACAUGCUACUUCGGCUUCGUUAUACCGUCUAUUGAACGUGUUCAGCCCUUAUAUCCCCCAUCUUCAUCAAGAUAUUUUAGAUUGA